UGGAGGCUCUAUGGGGGUGGAGCACCUUAUUUGCAAGCAAUUGCCAUUAGGAUCCUUUCAUUAACCACUAGCUCAUCCGGUUGUGAAAGAACUUGGAGCGUUUUUGAACAGGUCAGAUUGCUCCUUAACUCUUAAAAUGACUUUCUAGUACCAAUUGUUUACACUUAUGACAAGGAUUGUGACUUGUGAGCAUAUUUGCAAACUCAUACUAAGAGAAGGAACAGAUUAACAACAGAACGCCUCAACAAUCUUGUCUUCAUCCAAUUCAACAAUAGAAUGUUGUCCAAGAAAGAGAGAAUUUCCCGAAACAAGAACUAUGAGGUGCUCUUGAGUUCUAAUUGUUCAGAAGCUUAAGGAUUUUUCUUUGAGGGAGGGGAUGAACAAGCAUUAGUUCAAAUCAGGGAUGAGGAUGAGGGAGAAAUGCAAGGGACAGGUAUACCAUGGUCUGUCCUAGGAGAUGCAAUGGGAGUAGAGGAUGAGCUUCAACCUCGCAGGAGCGCAAGAGUGGCUAGAGAGGUGGACGAAGAAGAUUGGGAAUCUGAAAAAUAAGAUGAAGACAAUGUGCAUGAGGAUAUUGAUUAUGAAGAGGACAACUGUGAGAUUUCAAACACCAGUGACUAUGUCCAUGUGGAGUGAUGGUGAAUUGCAGGACUACAGUUGACCUGUUGUUACGUUUAUCAGUUUAUUUGAAGUUUGAACUAAUCUAAGUUUGUAAUAUUUAUAUUGCCCCACUGCACUACUAGUGUGUUGUGUGUCAUGAACUAGUCUAUUAUCUAUUUAAAAUAGUUUAAGUCUGCUAUGAGCUGUUAAUGUUUAUUUGUGAAUUGUGAUUAUGAGAAUUUUCUUAUAUUUGUGUUGCUGCUGUUGUUUGGUGAAAGGCUGAAGAAAAGAAGAUAAGAAGAAGAUAAGUUUCUUUUCUUUUAGUCUUCUUGUUGAUUUGUUCAUCUCUUUUAUAGUUUAAUCUAUUGUUUGUAGAUUUGUGAUGCUGCUGUUGUUUGGUGAAGGGCUGAAGGUAAGAAGCUGGGAAAGUGCAGCAAGGCUGCAAAAACAUGUCCAUUAAUCCAAGUAAGUACCCCUAGUUCCUAGGUAAAACUGUUUUUCUGUGCAAAUAUAUAUAUUAUAUUGUAAUAUUUCUACAAACGCUUAAGCACGAUUAAUCUAUGCUUAAGCUUUAUAGGCGCUAAGCAGUGGCCUAACGCCCGCCUAACGCCUAGCGCUUAAUAUAACCUUGGAAGAAAGGCAGACUGCCCAUACUUCCGUUCUGCACUUAACUUAGCUCAACAACUUGGUGAUGGAGUACCAAUUCCACGUGGGAGAGAAAUAGAUGGUCCAUUAUUGGAUAUGAAUUAUGCAGACAUGGAGGCUCACAUGGAUAAAUUCAAAGAGGAUUGGAAGGAUUAUGGAGUUACAAUUAUGUGUGAUUCUUGGACAGGUUACAUGCUAUGAUGCGAGAGAAAAUUGGUGGUGAGCUAGUUCGGUGGAACGCAACUAGGUUUGGUACUGUUUUUAUUUUUCUGCAUAGUUUUUUGGAUAGAAAAGAUAAAUUUAAGUUGUGGAUGGCAUCAGCUGAUUGGGAGAAUUGUAAGUGGGCUGGUGAAGAAGAUCAUGAAUUCGCAUAUGAUUGUUUGACAAAAAAUAAAUGGUGGAGUGACAUGGAAAAGGUUUUGAAAGCGGUGUCCCCAAUCUACUCUGUACUUCGUUUAGCUGAUCAAUAGAAGAGUGUGUCUAUGUCGUCUUUUCUUCCAAAAAUGAUGAGUGCUAUGGCUAAAAUACGAUCCAAUUUGGGUGAUGAUCCUAUCAACAAAAAUCUGUGUGAUAGAUUAAUGCAAGUAAUCAAUAGAAGACUUGACUAUAUGCUCAAUGAUACUCUUAUGCUUGCAGGUAUGUGCUGCCCUUAACCCUUAAAAUUUUCUAGCUGAUUAAACAUUAUAGUUAUUGAUUUGUUGCUGCCCUUUUAUUUUCAUAGCUACUGCCCUUAACCCUAAAGCGCUAUAUACUUCCAAAAUGGCAAGAAAACCAAAGUUCCAACAUGUUGUGACAAUGGCCAUAAAGAAACUUUCAAGCUCAUCUUCAAAGGCUUCAGCUGCAAUUGAUCAAUAUACUUUCUUCAGAAAGCAAGCUGGGUUAUUUGGAGGAGAAGAGGCUAAAGAUUCAGCACUUAAUGGUCGCGCAAGUGCAGGUAAGUCAUUGUUGUCUAGAUUUAUUCUUGUUUUGUCCUUGAGAGUUGCCUCUUUAUUUGUGGUGAUUGUUCUAUUUUUUCAUAUUUUCCUAGCUGAUUGGUGGGAUCAAUAUGGUGGAGACUAUCUAGAAUUACAAGAGUUUGCACGUCGUAUUGUUUCUCAAUGCAUGUCCUCUAGUGGUUGUGAACGUAAUUGGAGUACCUUCGCUUUGGUUCAUACCAAAUUAAGGAAUCAGUUGAGUUAUGAUAAGUUGCAUAAACUAGUUUAUGUUCACUACAACUUGAAGUUGCGCAUUCAACAUUUUGAAACUGAUAUGGAAAGUCUUGAACAAAUGAAAAACUCUAAAGAUAGAAACAUAGAUCCAUGUAGCAUCAUGAUAGAUGUUGCUAUGUAUGAUGAAGGCAACCCGAUUAUGGAAUGGUUGUGCAGUUCUAGGAGUGAAUCAGUGCCGACACUUGAUGAAAAUGAUGAGUCUGAAUCGCCUAACAGACCAAGUGGAUUCGUUUUAGAAGAGUUAGGAGGAUUGAAUGAAGAAGAGAUGGUUCUUUUAAAUUCUAGGAUUGGUUCUGGUAGGAAAAAUGGUAGGAAAAGGAAUGAUGUAGAAGAAGAUAUUGGAGAUGAUUUCUUAUCAGAUAGUAGUGAGGGAGGAGGUAGCCCAACCUACAACGAAUCAGGUGAUAGUGACUCUAAUGAUGGUGGUGGUGAUGACGAAGAUGGUGAACCUAGUGGUCCAUGUUUUGCAGCUAGGACACAACCUAAAUUAGCUACAGACCAAUAUAAUGGUCCUGGUCAAGAUGAACAAGCAGUGCCUCUCCGUCCAAGAUCAAAAAGGCAGAAGAAGCUCUCCAUCAAGGGUCUGUACAUGCUUCAGAAGUGAUCUAAUCUUCAAGCACAAGCACAAGAAUAUGGCGUAUACAUGGACUGAUUCAAUGGCAAGAUUUUGAACAUGUGGCUCUAUUGUAUCAAUUGUGUGUUUUGUUUCAGUUUCAGCACAAUAUUGCUGUCAUAUUUGGUUCAUGUGGCCUAACAAUAUUUAUAACUGUGAUUGAUUUCUAUGCAUUAUUUGAACUAUUGACUACCAAAUAUUUGUGACUCGCCACUAGUGUUAUAUUCACCGGUGCAUGGAUGUUGCCAAAGAACUUUAUUUACGUAAUAUUUGGUUUAUUUGGAUCGGCUUGUUAUUCUAUGUUCUCUAAUUAUUCUAUGUUCUAAGGAUAUAUAUCGGUAGUCAAUUUGUGAUUCAUUUUUCCAUUUAUAGAAUGAUUAUAUGUAUAUAAUGACAUUAGGUGGUUUAGAAAAGAUCUAUAUGUUUUUUAUUAAAUUGAGCUGUUCUUUUU